CCGUCAAAAAAAAGAAAAUCAAUCUUCUCCACACACACACACACGUAUAUAUAUAGUACUAUCGUAUGCUAGUGUUUUCAUUGACAUUAUAUAAUUGGUCAUUCACACCGUGACUCUCACAUAUAGUCAUAUAUGGAACCAGAACAUUAUUUUCCUUCUGCUGCACUCUGCUCUACCAGGUGGUGGUCGAAGGAGACGGUGGCGGUGGUGACAGGAGGAAACAAGGGAAUAGGAUUUGCUGUUGUGAAGCGUCUUGCAGAGGUAGGAGUAAAUGUAGUAUUAACUGCUAGAGACAAGCAAAAAGGAGAAGGUGCUUUGAAGAGGCUUAGAGAACAAUUAGGCGUUGCUGCAUCUCAAAUCCACUUUCUACUCCUUGAUGUCUCAGAUCCCAAUUCUAUUAAAACCUUUGCAUCCUCCUUCAAAGCCAAAUUUGGUCCCACCUUGGACAUUCUUGUAAACAAUGCGGGUGUAUCAUUCAAUGAGCUGGACGAGAAUUCAGUGGGGCACGCGGAAUGCGUCAUCAAAACAAACUUUUAUGGUCCCAAAUUUGUAAUUGAGGCACUUCUUCCCCUCUUUCGUUCCUCUUCUUCUUCCGUCACGCGUAUUCUCAAUGUUAGCUCAAGACUCGGUUCUCUCAAUAAGAUGAGAAACGAGGAGAUGAAAAAAUGUCUAGAGAAUGAGGAGUUGAAGGAAGAGGAGAUAGAAGAAAUGGUGAAAAAGUUUCUAAGAGAUGUGAAAAAUGGGACAUGGAAGAGUGAAGGGUGGCCAUCCUAUUGGACAGAUUAUGCGGUUUCCAAGCUAGCUUUAAAUGCAUACUCUAAAGUAUUGGCUAAGAAUAAUAAUAACUAUAAAUUAGGAAGUAAUAAUUUGAAGAUGAGUGUGAAUUGUUUUUGCCCUGGCUUCACAAAAACAUCUAUGACAAAAGGAAAAGGCACUCACACUGCUGAUCAAGCUGCUUCUCUUGCUGCCACUCUUGUCUUGCUUCCAUCACACCACUUGCCUACAGGGAAAUUCUUCUUGCUCCGAAAUACCAACAAUCUUGCUAAUUCUAAACUUUGAUCAUCUUUAUUAUCAUUCUCAUUGCCACGCCCACUAAACAAAUCUUUUUUUUAUUACUCUAUAAAUCAAUGUUAAAUAUUAGUUUACUUUAUCUUUUUUAUUUUAUUUUAACAUAAUAGACAGAAAAGUAAUGCCUAGUAUAUGUUAUGUUUAUCCAACCUAGAUUAAUGUCAUUAUCAACUUUAAUU